AUGUGUAGACCGGUGCGCUCGACUGCACUCACGUUGUAUCACGGCACCGUGAGAACCGAACCUGCGGCCAGUGGAUACGUAAUCAUAUCAUACCAUGAUAGCACGGUGCGCGAGUGUGGAGGUACCGCCACGCUGCUCUCGGUUGAAGUUCGUGAGGGCACAUGGGGUGCUGUGCCCCGGGGCUCCGGCGUUGUCGUCGAGUGGGCCGGAGACAACGCCCCGCUAAGAGCCGGUGACAGAUUAGUGGAAGUGAACGGCACGUGGACGGUGUCGUGUCGUAGUGUGGAGGAGGUGCAGCGGGCGGCGACCAGCUCCAACCCGGCGCGACUGGUGGUCAUCCGAGGGUACCCCACGCAGCAGCACCAGCCAAUACACUCCAAUACUUUUACUCAUAACGAAGCUAGUUCUCUGCGCGCGGAGCUGAACGCGCUGCGCACAGCAUCUGAGGAGACGGAGCGCGCCAAAGAGAGCCUGCGGACUGACAACACGCGCCUCACGCACCGAAUCUCGUACCUCGAGGAGCAGGUCGCCGAGAUGCUGGCCAGGCAUGCACAGGUACAACCCACAAGCAGCAACGACAGUUGCAUAACUGUUAAUAAAUCAAAGAAAAAUGUGACCAAUAUUAACAUCACUACGGAACCCCAAUCAAAGAGUAAACAUAGUCCGAAAUCAGAAGUUCAGGUGUUCCAAAAGGGUCCGGACAUCACGGCCAUCGUCGCCAAAUUACCUGGACUGGACGGAGCUGAAGCUAACCUGCCCCUCAUGAGGCCAAGGUCCAACGCUUCUGGAGCGUCGUCCAGAGCCGCAGUAUCUCCUCGAGCCUCGCCACAACCAAACUACAGAUCCCACAGCUCGCACAGUUUGGAACACAAAGCUGGGCGCAUGCGGCAUUCUCUCUCACACCACUGCAUACACGGCGCUAUGGAUUACAGCGCGGAAACAGAUGCCGCAAUACGUAUGAUCGAACGAAACCAAAGACACAUGGAGAAACAACGCAUGAAAUCAGAAAAACUAAACAGAACCAAGACAGAAGAAUACUUCCGAUCAGACAGCGAUUUGGACGUGAAAGAUUCUCGCAUAAACAUGAGCGCUUGCGACCCCAAACAUUAUGAGAUCAAAAAAGCAGCCGACCGUAUAGAAGAGAGCAUCAAGAAAACCAAUUGGGCUGAGAGGAAAACGCUGUCAAUAAUUGAACAGUUGAAACGGUCGCAGCGGUUAAGGAAGAUGAAGAAGAAUGAUAGCUCAGAAGAUAUUCAGGUAGAAUCUGAGAAGCAUUACAUGUACCAUAGGAUAGAUGGCAAAGUGUUGGAGAAUGCCCACAAGUCGAGUCGAAGAACAUCGAAACUACACAGCAGAAGCGCCAAGUCUUCAGAAUUCGAAUCGGAGUGUUCCGACUACCCUAACGGUGACAUGUACAGCAGUUCUCCGAGGAUAGACUACGGGUCUGAAAGCUGCUCAAGGUUGAGUCACUAUCGGAAAAACGAGGAUAGGAGAGAUAGUGACGUGAAGUCAAGACCCACUCCACCGCGAAAACCACUUCGUCUAUCUUUACAUAAGGCGCGUAGUGCCCACUCUUUAGUAAACGGGAGCGAAUCAGAAACACCUAGUAGACCAUUAUCGGAACUGCAGAAUGGCGACCUUCAAGAUUGUCAGAAGAGACCAGUGAAAAGAACUCACGGAGCCGAUAAGUGGGCAAGGGAAAGAAUAAGGGAUCCAGGACGAGCUACUCCAAGACCGACGCGGAAACUCUUGAACGGGCUGAGCGCGUGCGAGACUCCAGCAGCCGAUGCUCUGUACCCUGAGAAUACUCAUAAACCGAUGAAAGCGAAUGGUGUCAUGCAUUCAGCAGGCAAGUGGUGCUAAAGUCGAAAAGAACAGUCCAGUACGUACAAUUACGAAAAAUCAACAACGUUUUACUGCAGAUGACAACGGCUCGAAGGUCGCGCAGCUGCGUUUCUAAUGUACACGUGCCAUGCGAUAAGGAUUCUAGGAAGUCGCAAGAACGUGCACGGUGGCACGUGUAGAGAGUGUAU